AUGCACCGGAUUAACUCGUGGGCGAAAGCUCACGCAUCUUCUCGCGGCAACCCGACCCCCAAGGCGGACACGAUUGCGGAAGCCUCUACUUCCUCCUCCCAAGAUGUACAAGUGAACAGUGCAGAUGAGGGAUCCCAGGCGGGUCCCUCUGAGAAAGACAACGCUAAACCCGCCCUGCUCACUCGCAUGCGCAAUGGCAGCGGCCGGUUCAUCACCCAUACCAAGGAUGCCCUCUUCCACAGCUGGGUCAAUGUCCUGCUGGUCUUCGUACCAGUCGGUAUUGUCGUCAAGGCUAUUGGCCUGAACCCGGCGAUUGUGUUCGCAAUGAAUGCUGUCGCCAUCAUCCCUCUGGCGGGUCUGCUCAGUCACGCGACGGAGAGUGUGGCCUCCCGCCUCGGUGACACGAUCGGAGCCCUGAUCAACGUCACCUUUGGUAAUGCCGUCGAGCUGAUUAUCUUCAUUAUUGCCCUGGUCAAAAAUGAGAUUCGCAUCGUUCAGGCUUCUUUGCUGGGUUCCAUCCUGGCAAACUUGCUCCUCAUUCUGGGAAUGGCCUUCCUGACUGGUACCGUGACCCAGAUGAGCGCUUGUCUGCUCAGUCUGAGCGUGACGAGUCUAUUGCUUCCUACUGCUUUCCACGCCUCGUGGUCCAACAGCGCCAACGCAGACCACGAGACUCUCAAGGUUAGCCGUGGAACUAGUGUGGUUUUAUUGCUCGUGUACAUCUUGUACAUCCUCUUCCAGCUCAAGUCCCACUCCUAUCUCUACGCCAGUAUCCCUCAACGAAUCAUCGACGAGGAAUCCCACCCCGGUAUCCUUGCCGAGCUCAUGAACAGUUCCUCCGAUUCAUCAUCCAGUUCCAGCGACGAGUCUGUCGACACAACAACCUCAUGGAGUACCGCCAAGCGCAUCAAGCGAGCUAUGAAGCACCGCCGACACCGCAAGUCGAGCACCAGCUCCAAGGAUACGGCCAUGGGGAAGAGAACCAUGAGCAACGAGAAAAAGAGCUCUGUCGGGAACUCCAUCACAAGCAAUAACAAUGAUUCCAACUCGUGCGCCAUCGACUUUGGUGAUGAUACCCGCUACGAGGCCGAUGAUGAUGCCCAGCCGGCUUCUGGGUUCCGGUCGCGAGAUUUCGGUGUCCCGGCUAGUCGUGUGCAAAGUGCUCAGAGCGACAGCUCUCGCAAGCGCGAGAAGGAGCGCAAGAGACGUCGCUCGAAGCGAGAGAAGUCUCGUACUCAAAUCCCUAAGUGGACAGAGGUCGAGGCUGCUCAGAUGGAGGGUGAUGCCGGCAUGAAGGGCUUCUCUUCCACGCCCAAUUUUGCUGGCUUGGAGGCUGGUGGAGAAGUUGAUGGAUCAAAAAGAAAGUUGCCUUUCGGUCCUCUUCCUUCUUUGCUUUCCAGCACUGUCUUUAGCUCCCAGUCCCUUCACAAGUCCCCUCAUGUGGGUGCCCCAGGUUCUCGCCCUGCUUCCCGCCCCGGUAUCUAUCGCAGCAAUUCCCUUCCCGCGCACAUCAGCCGUGCUCCGCCAGUUGGUAAUGCCGUACAGUUCGCUCGCGGUGCUGCCCGUGCUCCUGGUGCGGGUGACGCUGCGGCUACGGCGCCCACGGACCAAGAACCUGAACCCGAGAUGUCUCGCACCGCGGCCGUGGUCCUACUUCUUUGUUCUACCGCACUAGUCGCUGUCUGCGCCGAGUUCCUUGUCGAUGCCAUUCCUGACAUGAUCGCUAGCUCGUCCGUCAGCGAAGCCUUCAUCGGUCUGAUCAUCCUGCCCAUCGUUGGCAACGCUGCUGAGCACGUUACGGCGGUGAGUGUCGCUACCAAGAACAAGAUGGAUCUGGCGAUCGGUGUUUCCGUCGGUAGCAGCAUCCAAAUUGCCAUCUUCGUCACUCCACUCGUUGUAAUCCUUGGAUGGUGCAUGGACAAGGACAUGUCUCUAUACUUUACCUUGUUUGAGACCAUCUCUCUCUUCGUUACGGCGUUUGUGGUCAACUUCCUCGUCCUAGACGGUCGCAGUAACUACCUAGAGGGUGCCCUGCUCAUCGCCGCCUACGUGAUUAUCGCGCUCGCGGCAUUCUUCUACCCGGACAGUAGCGAGACCAGCGUCUUCGCCGGCUCCGAGGGUUAA